AUGUCCUCAGACCGCUACCUGCUGUACCACGGGCUUCUUAUUUCCACUGUGACUCACACAACGGAAAGCCUGAAAUAUGCCAGGGCAUUCCCCGUAGAAGACACAGAUGUAUUUGUGGUGACCUACCCCAAAUCAGGUACCACCUGGAUGCAGGAGAUCCUCCCAUUGCUGCUGAAUGGGGGGGAUCUGACGCCUGUACAAAGCAUUCCUAACUGGGACAGGGUUCCCUGGCUGGAAGAAACCAGAGUGGCAAAGUUUGUGGACCGCUUUGCAUCUCCACGAGGAUUUGUCACACACCUCCCCUACCACCUCAUGCCCACUUCCUUACAAAAUUCCAAAGCAAAGGUCAUCUAUGUAACAAGGAACCCAAAGGAUGUCAUGGUCUCAUCCUACUACUUUCAUCAGAUGGCCUGUUUCCUUGAUGACCCCGGGACAUUUCAGGAGUUCUCUGACAAAUUCCUUAAGGGACAAGUGCUGUUUGGAAAAUGGACAGACCAUGUGAAGAGCUGGAGACACACAGAGCUGGGAGACAGAAUACUAUAUACUACAUAUGAGGAAAUGAUUCAGGACUUGCCUGGAGCUGUAAGACGUUAUUCCGAUUUUCUGGGCAGAAACCUCAGUGAAGAAGUCAUUCAAAAGAUAGCAGACCACUGCUGUUUUGACAAAAUGAAGACCAAUCGUAUGUCCAACUACUCCCUGGUUCCUGGGGAAUUUAUGGACAGCAGCAAGUCACCAUUUCUUAGGAAAGGCAUUGCUGGGGACUGGAAAAACCAUUUCACCCCAGAACAAGAGGCCAGUUUCUCAGCCAUCAUCCGCAAAGAGAUGGAGGGAGAAGAACUCGUAUUCCCCUGGCACUCGGAAUAA